GGCUGCGACCAUCUCGCUUGUGUCAGACCUCCCAACACGAGUCUGCCGUUUCUCGGGGUUAAGUAACCGGCAACUUACUACCGCCGGCAGACGUUUAUGUCUACCAAGGAGUGGUACAUAAGGCUAGUCUGUUGAUGCCUGACCUCCCACAGCGGUUGGUCUCUCAUGAAUCCAGUCCCGUAUCUUCAAGCUUCUUCGCCGUAUCCAGAAGGCAUGUCCAUGGAGCUGGACCCAAGCUCAGAAGUUGAUCAUCGCAGAAGGCCAAGAAAUAGACCCGCUCAAUCGUGUCUCAACUGUCACAUUUCAAAGAGAAAGUGCGAUCGCAAACGGCCGUGUUUAAGAUGUACCCAGCUGGGCGUGACCGGUCUAUGUUUCUAUGAGGUCGAUGACCCUGCAUUGAGAGAUGAUCCGAACAUCGAUGAGAACACACGAUUGAGGAAUCGCAUUGCUGAACUUGAAAGCAUCCUCCGAGCAUAUCAUGGAAAGCCCGGCCCUCGGUGGGCAGACACCGUUUAUCAUGGAGAAGAUGCUCGCGAAGUUUGGAACUCCCAGGCGAGGUCUCACGGGUCCCCAUCACUACAGACCCAGGUCGUUGGAGGUGCACAAAUGACGGCGCAGGUUCGAUCUGUGAAUGCUUCCCCAGUUGUUAAGGUGGAGCCGAUUGCCGAUGAAAUUCAGUACCAGCUGUACAACCUUCCUUCAAAUGGGCCAUCGAGCGUCCCUCAGGCGCAAGCCGCAGCAUCGCACGCAUACUCGCAUCAUGACUCUUCCGAGUUCUACCCCGAAUCCUAUCAGACCGGCUUGAACGACGAACGAUCGUCUGACAACUACAAUUUCCAACGCCCUUCUCACGAAUCUGAUGCCGUGCCCUUUACUUGUCGUUGCCUGAGAAAUCCAGCUCUCGCUCGACCGCUCACUGCAUUCAUGACUCAGCUGCGUGCGACCUCCCAGGUGCUCCGGCAUGCAUCGGGUAACCACGACCCUCAAGAUUGUCUCGUCUUGGCUCACAUGGUGGAGCUCGAUAUGAUCAUAAGGAAUGGAAGCCCGAGUUAUUCCACGGCAUACUCGUCCGUUCCCCGAGUGGCCGAACGCGGUGUAGUAAUGUCCCCUUCAUCGACCCUUAGCUAUGAGGUCAGCUCUAGUGUGUCGUGGACAACUCACAGCGGUGGUCAUACCUACUUACAUCCGUAUGGUGAGUUAUCCAGUGAGACUCACCGUGCUCAGCCUUCGUCACAAGCGAGAUGAAAGUCGGCUUAGCGUUGUCUGAUUCCACGUUAUCUGUAUACCGAGGAGAGACUAGUGACGCAUUCGAAAGAAUAAUAGCAACACUGUUCGCUCCAAUGGCUCUUCGGUACGCGCAUCGAGUCGAUGCGUCAGUUGUAGUAGUUCGUCACUCCCCCUUGUAGAGUAGCUUUUGUGAUAUGAAUCGCGUUAUUCGUCUUGAAUCUUGGCACAUAAUGGCAUUAGCGACCGGAUAAGCUGCCUCAUUGAAGAUGAAUCAAGUUGAAGAUGUUGAGAUCACAGCUGGUGACGAAGCCACCCAGACCUACAGAGAGACGCG